GCUGCGCUAAGUCCCUCUGGUCCUGGGAAGCAAAAGGAAGUAGGUCCUGAUUUAGUUGUUAAAGACUGUUCACCGCCUGAGGCAAAUGACCACUGUAGUGAAAGAGCAUGGCGGAGGGACAGGGAGUGCAGGAAUGGGAGCAUCUAUGAGCUGAGUCACGAAGGGUCGUUGAUAUUCGUGAUGAGCUAUCGGGUCAGUGAUGAGGGCGAUCGGUGGAUGGAAUAAUGGGGGUUGGAGUGAUCUAUGUAGAUUUGCAGGCGGAGUGAGGACGGACUGUGGGGUCACUGUCGGGUCUCCCGGGGUAGAUAUGCGAUCGGAAUGAGGGCGGACUGUGGAAUCUACUGGGGAGGAUAAUUGUGGAGUCUGAAUAAGGAGGGAUCUGAGAGAUUUCUGCCACUUUCACAGAAGAGCCAGAAAUGACUAAGUCCUUGGGAUCAGUGUCAUUCAAGGAUGUAACUGUAGACUUCAGCAGGGAGGAGUGGCAACAAUUGGACCUUGCUCAGAAAAGCCUGUACAGGGAUGUGAUGCUGGAAAACUAUUUCAACUUGAUCUCAGUGGGAUGUCAAGUCCCCAAACCAGAAGUUAUCUUCAGCUUGGAGCAAGAAGAGCUAUGCGUGGUGGAUGAUGGGCCCUCUUGUCAGAGCUACUCAGAUGGGGAUAUUCAUUUAGAACUUUCACAAGGAAUGUCUGAAGAAGUUUCUUUCCAGUCUGAGGGAAUUAAUCUUUUCACAAGAGAAGACCCAUAUUCUGUUUUAGAAGAAUUGUUGAGAGAUGAUAAACAGACGAGAAGAUAUGACGAAAAGCAGAACAAAUCUUUAAGUCACAUUGCCUUCAUCAACAAGGAAACAGUAGCUAAUGAGAAGGGCUGUGAAUAUAAGGGCAAGGGAAAACUAGUUCAGGUCAACACACACCUUGUUCCUUCAAGAAAAAUUGAUGACUCAUUUGUAAAGAGUUUGGAGCCUAUUAUAAGCUCAUAUAAUUAUAAUAGGAACAAUGCAACAGAAAAUGUUGAUAAGACUGUCAGACAUGAUAGUAUUUUUACUCAUAGGAAUUCUCAUACAGAAAUGAAUGGUUGUGAAUAUCAUCAAUGUAGGAAACUUCUGAGUCAUAAGCAAGGUCUCAUUCAACAUCAGACAGUUCAUACUGAGGAUAAUCUCUGUUUGUUUUCUGACUGUGUAAAAGCUUUCUCCCAGAAGGCACAUCUUUUUGCACAGCAGAAUAUUUCCAUUGAAGAAAAACAGCAUGAAUGCAGCAAAUGUGAGGCAGUCUUCACUCAGAAGUCUCGACUUGCUACACCUCAGAGGGUUUAUGAGGGAGAGAAACCCUAUAUAUGCACUGAAUAUGGGAAGGAUUUUCUCCUUAAGUCAAACCAUCAGAAAACUCAUAAUGAAGAGAAUUACUAUAAAUAUAAUGUGUAUGAAAGAUCCUUUAUCCAGAAGUCAGAUCUGUUCAGAUGCCUGAGAAUUCAUACUGGAGAAAAACCCUAUGAAUACAGUGAAUGUCGGGAAAACUUCUCUAAAAAUUCAGACCCCAGUAUACAUAAAAUAAUUCAUACUAGAGAGAAACUCUUUGAAUGUACUGAAUGUGGAAAAGCCUUCACAAGAAAAUCAACACUAAGUAUGCAUCAAAAAAUUCAUACUGAAGGGAAACACUUUGAAUGUACUGAAUGUGGAAAAGCCUUCACAAGAAAAUCAACACUAAGUAUGCAUCAAAAAAUUCAUACAGGAGAAAAACCCUAUGUAUGUACUGAAUGUGGAAAGGCCUUUAUCCGGAAGUCACAUUUUAUCACACAUGAAAGAAUUCAUACUGGAGAAAAACCCUAUGAAUGCAGUGACUGUGGGAAAUCCUUUAUAAAAAAGUCACAACUUCAUGUGCAUCAGCGAAUUCAUACAGGAGAGAAUCCCUUUAUAUGUUCAGAAUGUGGGAAAGUCUUCACUCAUAAGACAAAUCUCAUUAUACACCAGAAAAUUCAUACUGGAGAAAGACCCUAUAUGUGUACUGAAUGUGGAAAGACCUUUACUGACAGGUCAAAUCUCAUUAAACACCAAAAAAUUCAUACUGGAGAGAAACCCUAUAAAUGCAAUGACUGUGAAAAAUCAUUCAUCUGGAAGUCACGGCUCAGGAUCCAUCAGAAAUGUCAUACUGGAGAAAGACAUUAUGAAUGCAGUGAAUGUGGAAAAGCAUUCAUUCAGAAAUCAACACUAAGUAUGCACCAGAGAAUUCAUAGAGGAGAAAAACCCUAUAUUUGCACCGAAUGUGGGAAGGCCUUCCUCCACAAAUCACAUUUUAUUACACAUGAGAGAAUUCAUACUGGUGAGAAACCCUAUGAAUGCAAUGAUUGUGGGAAAUCCUUCACUAAGAAGUCACAACUCCACGUACAUCAGCAAAUUCACACAGGAGAGAAACCCUAUAGAUGUGCUGAAUGUGGAAAGGCUUUCACUGACAGAUCAAAUCUCUUUACACACCAGAAAAUUCACACUGGAGAUAAACCCUAUAAAUGUAGUGACUGUGGAAAAGCCUUCACGCGAAAGUCAGGCCUCCAUAUACACCAGCAAUCCCAUACUGGAGAAAGGCAUUAUGAAUGCAGUGAAUGUGGAAAAGCCUUUGCAAGAAAAUCAACACUAAUUAUGCAUCAGAGAAUUCAUACAGGAGAGAAGCCCUAUAUCUGUACUGAAUGUGGAAAAUCCUUCAUCCAGAAGUCACACUUAAAUAGACACAGAAGAAUUCAUACUGGAGAAAAACCCUAUAAAUGCAGUGACUGUGGGAAGUCUUUUAUUAAGAAGUCACAACUCCAUGAGCAUCAUCGAAUUCACACAGGAGAGAAACCAUAUAUAUGUGUUGAGUGCGGAAAGGCCUUCACCAUCAGAUCAAAUCUUAUUAAACACCAGAAAAUUCAUACGAAACAGAAACCCUAUAAAUGCAAUGACUUUGGGAAGCCCUUAAACUGGAAGCCACUACUCACUAAACAUCAGAAAUCAGACACUGGGAAAGUAGAGUACCCAGUGCCACAGUUAUGGUGUGGGGAAGCAGGAGGUGACCAAGGCCACCUUCUAGCUAGUCAGAACUAAGAGUAUCUGGAUCACAUAGCUGAUGUCCAGUUUUAUAUAGGGGAGAUACUUUGAUAAAAGUGUUUAAGCAAUGUGUAGGAGUCAUGCUUGGUUGUUUGACUGAUAAGGGGGUUGUUAAGUCCCUGCAAAUAAUAGUGAUUGUGCAAGGAGAUGACUUAUAGUCUUUUUUGUUUCACUUUUUGGGUAAGCAGCUAUAUAAAUCCAGGGCUAUUGAGUUUUUCAUGCUCUGAGUAGCAAAACUGUUCAGUAUUGACCAAAAUAAUUUCAUAUUGAGUAGAGUGGUGAGAAAAUUUUACAUUGUCUAAGCACCCUAAGGACACUGAAAACGAAGCAAAGGGUGGGAAAAUAUGAUAUAUGAUGAAAAGAAAUCAGAAGUUUUUGUGAAAUUAACACUAAAGACACAAAGAAAGGACUCAACUUUGGGGGGAGAAGUCACCUUAUUUAUUGUUUAUAGUAUUUAUUGGUUAUCAAUAAAUCUAUUGGUUAUAUGCUGUUGAAGCAGGUACCUAAAAAGUCUGAAAUUGUUCCUAGUUUGUAUCCCAAUAGUGAUUAAUAAUAUAAGUGAUAGUACCAUAACUACUUGCCACUUUAGCUCUGGCCCUAAUAUCCUGGAACUUAGCCAUGAGGACCCAGAUACAAAACACAUUUUGGAUCCUCAACUUCAUCCACAGAAACCUGAACUUUUUUUACUGAUUCCUGUUUGAAAAGGAAAAAAAUUUAAGAAAACAGGUUUCAAAGCCUAGAAUUCUUUCCUUCCAAUUUUGUUAGUCUAUUCUCUACAUAUUUGUUACAUGCCAGGUUACCAUGAGACACAAUUAUCUUGCAUUUUAGUUUGAAGUCUUAUAUCAGAUAUUAAUAAUAUGUGCAAACUUCACUUCUUAAAAGCUAAUAUAAAUAAGUACACCAUUUCUGGACAAAGUUGAGGGGGGUGCUCACAUUCCAUUUAUUCUCCUCUUGACUUGCAUGGUCUUGAUGCCAUGCAUUUGAAUUCUAUAUGUAGUUGACAAAACCAAUCAUUGUUUCAGAGUCAAUAUUUAUUUAAAUUAACCUACAUAUUACCCUUUUAAUUACUUUUUUAUUCCCUCCUGUCUUUUAUUUCCCUGCAGAAUCAUUGUUAUUCUGACUGAAGAACACCCUUGAGUAUUACUUUAAGUUUGCUGGGGACAAAUUUUAUUUUUGUUCAUUGGAAAUGUCUGUAAUUUGCCUUUAUUUUUGAAGGAUGUUUUUACUGA